GUGUUUAUGAUGGAAACCACAUGGCACCGAGCUAAAUCAUACACUCGUAUCCUUUCUUCUUCUUCGUCAAUAUCAUCAUCGUUUCCGAUAUCAUAUCUCUUAUCAUUCACGCUUUGUAGUUUAAUUAAUUUGCUUCUGCAUCAAUCAAUCUAUCUAUCUCAUCUGAUCUGAUCUGUAACUGCCGAAUGAAAGCAAUACUCAUUCCACUUCACUUCAUUCUUCUUUGAUUCAAUUCGAUUCGAUUCUUUUCAAAAUGAUGGGGGAACAUUCAGACAACAACACCACUCAACAAGCUCAUCUCUACACAUCACCUGAUGAAAUGGAGUCCCUCCUUCUCGACGAACCUUCUCUCACCGACCGCCACUUCGCAUCCUCAAAUUCAUCUUCGUUUCCCCCAUUCGCCGAUGUCGCUACACACGAUCCUCCGCCACUCUCCUCUCCAUCAUCGAUCUCGCGACAUGGUAAUCCUCUCUCCUCGCUUCAUUCACUUCUAGAACCUCCCUCCUACGCCGAAGCCGUCUUCAGAUCCUUCGACCGCGAUCAGAAUGGGACUAACAAUAAUAAUAAUAAUAAUAACGGCGAGGUUAUUCCCCGUGAUAACUCCGGCGAGACGUCCUCCUCUUCAUCGCCGACGUCCAUGUCUGACUAUAUCUGGAUUUCCGUUUCCGAUCCGCAGAAGGAACAGGAGCUUUCAAAUUCGAUUGUUCCGGGAGGGAAUGCUUACUUCACGUAUCUCAUCACCACAAGGACUAACAUGCGUGAUUUCAAUGGAUCGGAAUUCAGCGUCAGGAGACGGUUUAAAGACAUAGUAACGCUUUCGGAUCGAUUAUCGGAAUCAUACAGGGGAUUCUUCAUACCUUUGAGGCCUGAUAAGAACGUGGUGGACAGUCAGGUUAUGCAGAAGCAGGAAUUUGUUGAGCAGAGACGGAUUGCAUUGGAGAAGUACCUGCAGAGACUUGCUGCUCAUCCGGUAAUCAAAAAUAGUGAUGAAUUAAGACUGUUUCUGCAGGUUCAAGGGAAACUUCCAUUAGAGAAGACAACAGAUGUAGCAUCUAGAGUGCUGGAUGGAGCUGUGAAAAUGUCGAAACAGUUACUCGGGGAGGUUGAGCCAAUUGAGACCUCUCAACCUGCAAGAGGAGGAGGCAGGGAUUUCAUGAGAUUUUUUAAGGAGUUGAAGCAGUAUGUUGCUACUGACUGGGGCGGGUCGAAGCCUGCUGUGAUUGAAGAAGAUAACGAGUUCGUAGAAAAGAAAGAGAAAUUGCUGAAUUUCGAGAGGGAAAUCAUCACUGUAUCUCAGCAGGCUGAAUCGUUGGUUAAAGCUCAACAAGAUUUCGGGGAGACAAUGGGGGAACUAGGAUUGGCAUUCGUCAAAUUAACCAAAUUUGAGACGGAGGAAGCUGUAUGUAAUUCACAGAUGACGAGAGCAUCUGACAUGAAAAAUAUAGCCACAGCUUCUGUUAAGGCGAGUAGAUUGUGCAGAGAAUUAAAUGCACAAACAGUAAAGCACUUUGGUAAGAUCCAUGAAUAUCUUGGGGUGAUGUUAGCUGUGAAUAAUGCAUUUUCAGAGAGAUCUAGUGCUUUGUUAACAGUUCAGACUCUGUUAUCAGAGUUAUCAUCUUUAGAGUCAAGGAUUGAAAAGCUAGAAGCUGCUUCUUCAAAAGUAUUUGGUGGUGACAGCACCCGAAUUCGUAAAAUAGAUGAUUUGAAAGACACUGUUAGGGUUACAGAGGAUGCUAAAAGCUGUGCUAUUCGAGAAUAUGAACGUAUCAAGGAAAAUAACAAGACGGAGUUGGAAAGGCUAGAGAAGGAGAGGCAAGCUGAUUUCUUGAGCAUGUUGAGAGGAUUUGUAGUCAAUCAGGUGGGUUAUGCAGAAAAGAUGGCAAAGGUGUGGGAAACAGUUGCUGAAGAAGAAGAAGAAGAAACAAAUGAUAUUAUUGGUCACUAGCUCUACUAAUGAGCAUAAUAAUAAUUAAUAAUAUAUACUAUAUAUAUAUUGCAAGUUUUUUUUUCAUUCACUAUUCUCUCUUCUUCAUAUAGUAGCAGUACUAGCAGCAGCAGCAUAGGAGCUUGCUCACACCUUCCUAUAUAUAUUCUUCCCUCGAGUUUCCCAUUUCUUGAAUUUUAGGUGUAUCGAGAUUAUGGACGAUUAUUCCACUAUUGUCUAAAAUCGUAGUUCUUUUCUUUUUUACAGUGAGAGUGAUUAUUCCAACAAUUUCUAUUUUUGUCACUGGUUGUAAGUAUAUGAGGAUCAUGAUG